AGUCUCUCAAAGAUUUUUAUAUCCUAAAGAAAGUGAGAGGCACAGAAGAAGCCAUCAUGGAAGAAAAUUUGCAGAAAGUGAAACAGGAGUUUAUGACUGUUCGCCAUGUCUCUGAAGAUGGUCGCAUACAAAUGAAAGAGCUUGCCAGAAUGUUCUUGUCUGAGGAUGAAAACUUUCUUCUGCUCUUUCGCCGGGAAACACCCUUGGACAGCAGUGUGGAGUUUAUGCAGAUUUGGCGCAAAUAUGAUGCCGACAGCAGUGGCUUUAUAUCAGCUGCUGAGCUUCGAAAUUUCCUUCAAGACCUCUUCUUCCACCACAAAAAGGCUAUUUCAGAGGCUAAACUGGAUGAAUACACUGGUACCAUGGUGGGAGUAAACUCAUUUGGCUGCACUGGAUGCCAGUCACCAGGGCUGCCUUUAAAAGUGGAUGUUGUAGCCAUUAAUGACCCCUUUAUUCAUCUCAACUGUGUGGGCGAUAUGUUCCAGUAUAAUUCCACCCAUGGCAAACUCAAUGGAACUGUCAAGGCUGAAAAUAGGAAGCUGGUCAUCAAUGGGAAAGCCAUCACUAUCUUCCAGGAGUGA